AUGGAGUUUGUGGACUGCCGGGCCGGAGGCGCCCCGGGCCCGGAGUGUCCGGGGCCGGGCUGCCCCGGCCCGUCCGGGCUCCCCCGGGCGGCCUACCUGCUGGGCCGGCUGCUGUCCUUCGACUUGCUGGUCAACAAUUGGGACCGGCUGCCGGUGGGCGGGGCCUGGGCCACGCACACCGGCAACCCGGGCAACAUCCUGUGGGCCCCGGCCGGGGCUGCCGCCGGGGCCGCCUGCCCGGCCAGUGUCCUGCCGGUGGCCAUCGACUUCGCCAUCCAGCCGAUCACCUCGCCAGCCGCCCUGGCGGAGUAUGUCGACCGGGUCCGGGCCAUCAUGCGCAUGGUCCUGGCGCGAUACUGUGCCGAGCUGGCGGAGGAUGCCACAUCGGCCGCGGCCCUCGGCCGGCUCCGAGCCACGGCCGGGGCCUGGCUCCGGGCGACGUGUCCCGCGGACGAGGCACCCCCGGCCGACCCGACCAACAAGGCCAUGGGCGAUGUCUUUUGGGCGGCGCGGGCCGAGCUCCGGGAGCACGCGAACAUGUGUGCCUCGGCCACCGGGCCCAAUCUCGACACCGACAUCCUGAACACCCACCUGGCCCGGGGGCUGGCCCAGCAUGCCCUCUUUUCGAUGGUCCGCCUGGCCCCGGAGAUCGGCCUCUGGCAGGAGGCCCGCCGGUCGGAGGCUCCGCCCGAGGGCGGCCAGGACGCCUGGGUGCCCUGGGCCGAGGCCCUGCUGUCGGCCUGCACCCUGCCGGACCCGGGCCCGGGCGACCUCUUGGACGCCUUGCGCCUGCCGCCGGUGAGCCUGGAGGCCAUGCUGACGGAGGCCCGGGUGGAGCUUGGCCCGCCGCCGGGCGGGGUUUCGACGCCGGGGAGCCCGGCACGCGGAUCCGCGGACGCGGCGCCGUCCGUCCCGCCGGCCCUGCCCCCGAAGGCGGCCCACGAGUCGGGCCUCCUCAGCCGAGGGGCCACCCUGACCGACGGGAUUGAGACCAUGCGCAUGGUGGCCGGCGGGGGGCUGUUCCUGGCCUUGGUGGACACGGCCCGCGCACUGGCCGCCGGCCACGCCUGGCGCCUGGAGUCCCCGCCCCAGUGA